AUGACGAGGAAGGAGGAGGCCGGCCGCCAUGGAUCGACGGAAAGCUCUGGCGCCGAGAGCUGGCGAUCGCAGGACACCGUCCGCGCCAACAGCCUGAGCGGCCGGCGACGCGGCGCGCCCAUGAAGGUGAAGACGGACAAGCAGCAGAAGAAGGACGACGACGACAAAGACAACGAGAUUUCGCCGGGCACCGCUACUUCGCCCGAAUUCAAGACGCCCGACUUCUCGAGCCACAAGGGGCCCGGUCUCCAACCAUGGGAGCGUCGCCGGGCAGCUGACUUCAGCAACUAUCGCAAAGACCUCGCCGUCCUCGAGCAGGCCGGCAACGGCGUGCCGUCCAUAUCCCGCGUCCCCCCUACCGCGUCGGCAUCGACCCCUCCCUGGGCCAAAUCCAACGGCUCUGGAGACAUGACCAACUCCAUUUUUUCGGGAAGCUUCUUUAACGACUCUAAUGAAGAUGUUACGCAGCUUUCGCCCGGCUUCCGCCCUGGCUCGGGCCAAACCGAAGAGGGGGGUUACCAAGGGGAAGAUAGGCGUCCGUCCGUCGCCAGCGCGACGACGGUCAGCAGUUCUGGCUCCAAAUCAAGCAUUAGUCGGGGCUUUCACAAAAAGCUGCAAGGAUUUUUUGGAGAGGAGUUCAAUGGCAGCGAUUCGAGGCAGAACUCGCAGACGAGCCUGCCGGAGCGGCAACGGAACCGCAACAACUCGCUGCACAACACGCAUAGAAGUAGCAUUGGCAGCCGGCCGGGCUCUCCCGCCAGCUCGCGACCGCGGACGCCGCUGCCUUCGAGCGAAGUUACACCAUGGGAAUAUCAGGAAAAGGAUACGCCUUCCACCUCAACGCCUGCAGACCAGCAAUCGAUAAGAUCAGCCAAAGGGUCGCAUUCCCACAAACUCCCGUUCCAUGGGCACCGGCAUCACAGGAGCAACGACGAAUCAAAGGCCCCCGACCUCGGGCAUGGGAUGCCGCUGCGCCCCGUCGCCAGCAGAGAUGAAUCGUCGAGCAGCUACCGAGGCCGCACUGAUUUUAGCAUUCGCUCGGGAUUAGCGUCUGCGAUGACUUCCAACAUCGCACUGGUCCCACGAUCGAGCAGUCCGACCGGCAGCACAAAGUCGAACAAGGAGCCGCUCGGCUCGAAGUCGCCCGGCGGCCCAAUGGCGGGCAAAAGAUCCCUUUUCGACAAGCUGCGCCGCAAGGACAAAGCUGAUCGUGGUGUAGAUGGUCUGAAAUUCCCUAGCAUCCACACUUUGGCUGCAACAAACAAUGAGGCUAACAAAUGCCAUGAAGCACUGUGGAACCUAGACACCGACUUGUCGCACAUGGAGGGCAUCAUUAACCCUCAGCAGCCACCGAUGACCCCACCGAUGGGUGACAUAUAUGCAGGAUGGCCAGAUGACACCGCCCCCCCUGGCAAGGAGAGGGAACAGGAAGAAAAGGGCGUCUGGGACGCGCCAGACUCUUGGGCCGUGAAACGCGCCAACGACGAGAACGUUAGUCGUUUGCAAGAGCUUGACGAGCAGGGGAACCCUCAAAAAGAAGAGGUCGACCCCGGGCCUCCAUUCUGCGUCCGCAUCUUCCGAGUCGAUUCGACGUUCGCUGUUCUUUCCGUCCCCGUCAACACGACGGUUGGAGAAGUCAUUCAAAUUCUGGGCAAGAAGUCAUUCCUGCAGGACGAGCUCGGAAACUACCAAAUUAUAAUGCGCAAGCACGACACGUCUCGGCAAUUAGAACCGAACGAAAGACCGCUCGUCAUACAGAAGCGUCUGCUCGAACAGGCCGGAUACAGCGAAUCGGACAGGCUGGAAGACGUAGGGCGGGAGGACAACAGCUACCUCUGCCGAUUCACCUUCUUGCCGGCCAAGAUGAGCGGUUAUUCCAGUCUGGAGAAAGAUCCCGGAUUCAGUAAAAUGCAAAAGUUCAGUCACAUAGACCUUCAAGGACGGAACCUCAUCACCAUACCCAUCACUCUGUACCAAAAGGCCACGGAAAUCAUCUCCCUCAAUCUUUCACGUAAUCUUUCCUUGGAUAUCCCGAAGGAUUUCAUCCAAGCUUGUACAAAUCUCCGCGAGAUCAAAUACACGAGCAACGAGGCGUGGAGGUUGCCGCCCAGCUUGAGCUUGGCGACCCGCUUGACGAUGCUGGACAUUUCUAACAAUCGGUUGGAACAGCUCGAGCACGCAGACCUUUGGAAGCUGCACGGUCUUCUGAGCCUCCGGCUGUCGAACAACAAGCUCACGCACCUGCCGGAGUACUUUGGAAGCUAUCGCGCGCUGAGGAGUCUCAACCUCUCGUCCAACUCCUUGACGGAGUUUCCCGACUUCCUCGGUGACAUUCAGACACUGGUUGAUCUAGAUGUCAGCUUCAACUCCAUCGAAAGCUUGCCGAAGAUUGGUCAGCUGGUUUGCCUGGAGAGGCUGUGGGCCACGAACAACAAACUGCGUGGCUCGUUCCCGGACGAUUUGAAGAAUCUCUCCAACUUGAAGGAAAUUGACGUGCGGUUCAACGCCAUCGACAGCAUCGACGUCAUGUCGCAGCUUCCACGCCUCGAGUACUUGAUGGUAGGCCACAAUUCAAUCUCGGCGUUCGAGGGGUCUUUCGCGAAGAUUCGGGUUCUGCACCUCAACCACAAUCCCGUCACUCGCUUUGGACUGAGCGGGCCGGUGACAACCUUGUCGAUGCUCAAUCUGGCAUCGGCGAAGCUCACGCAGUUGCCAGACGAUUUGUUCCUGAAGGUCCCCAACCUCACGAAGCUCAUUCUCGACAAGAAUCACUUCGUGUCUCUGUCGCCGCAGAUGGGCAAGCUCUCGAAGCUGGAGCACCUCAGUCUCGCGAGGAACAACAUCGACCGAUUGCCCGCAGAUAUUGGAAGGCUCUGCGAACUGCGCUAUCUGGACGUCAGGGAAAACAACCUAAACGCGCUUCCGCAGGAGAUCUGGUACGCUCGCAAGCUGGAGACUCUGAACAUCUCCUCGAACGUCUUGGAAACGUUCCCGAAGCCCGGACCGCCUAAUCCGACAUUCCAGCCCGCCGAUUCCCAGGUCGACGGAACCCCCGGAACUGCGCAAACCACUCCUGGACUCUCCAGCAGCCCAAGUUUCGAGGAUCUUGGCAAGCUGGAGGAUUUUGAAGCACGAAGGCCCAGCCAGAACUCGGGCCAGGGAUUGCUCACAGUCAGCUCAUCGCCGGGCGCUCAGAGAAGCGUCACCCGCAAAGACUCGAGCUUGUCCAACCGAAUGGUUUCUACGUUCGCCGGCUCCCUCCGACAUUUGUUCCUCGCGGACAACCGACUCAAUGACGACGUCUUUGACGAGCUCGCCCUUCUUCCCGAGCUACGGAUUCUGAAUAUUUCAUGGCAGCACAUCACGGAGUUUUAUCUCUCCGGCAACGAUCUGACGUCCCUUCCGGCCGAAGAUCUCGAAGAAGUCACAUCGCUGAGGAUCCUUCACAUCAACGGGAAUAAAUUCCAAGUGCUUCCGGCCGAGCUCGGCAAAGUGGCCAAGCUGGCCAUCCUGGAUGUCGGCAGCAAUGCGCUCAAGUACAAUGUAUCCAACUGGCCGUACGACUGGAACUGGAACUGGAACCACAACCUGAGGUACCUCAACCUUUCGGGCAACAAGCGCUUGGAAAUCAAGCCGCACGGCGGAUUCGCGGGCGCCGGCGGUUACGGGCGCGAGGGCAAGGACCUCACAGAUUUCACCUCGCUCACAAACUUGCGCAUCUUGGGAGUGCGGACCGCAGGCUCGAUGGUCGGAACGAUGUCUUAUGGGUUGGCGGAUACCUUGGGACGGAACGAACACCUCUCAACCAUGGACCUAGCCUUGCCGGCGGGCGGCUCGAAGAUUGCCAAGUACCUUUACGACCAUUUCAAGAACCGAUUUUCUGACGAACUGGAACGGCUUCGAACCAACGAAACCCCGGCCGAUGCGCUCAGGAGAAGCUACCUGGGACUGAACAAGGACCUCGCAGAGGACCUUCACUCCGGCAGCGUUGCGACGGUCGUGUACCUAAAGGAGAUGGAACUCUACGUCUCGAACGUGGAACCCAGCGAGCGCACGCGUAUCAGGGAUGCCGGAGGCUUCAUGUGUCCGUCGGUCAUUGCCGCUCCGCACGUGUCACACAUCACCCUGCGCGAGUCCGACGAGAUGAUUCUUGUGGCUUCUCGGGAGCUUUGGGACUACCUCACUCCUGACUUCGCCGUCGAUGUCGCACGCUCCGAGCGCGGCGAUCUCAUGAGAGCUGCACAGAAGCUGAGAGAUCUCGCGAUCGCGUUUGGUGCGACGGGCAAGAUCAUGGUCAUGCUCAUCGGUGUCAGUGACCUGCGAAAGCGUGAGCGUGCGAGGUUCCGCACGCACAGCAUGUCCAUGGGCCCCACCGGUUCUCCCGAUGAGCUCUUCCCCUUCCCGCGCAGCAGAGGCAAGCGCCGCGAGGUCGUCGGAGACCAGAAACUUGCCCGCCUCGAUUCGGAAGUGGACGCUCCUACCGGAGAAGUCAGCUUGGUCUUCACCGACAUCAAGAAUUCGACCCUCAUGUGGGAGACUUAUCCGACGGCCAUGCGUUCUGCCAUCAAGAUGCACAACGACGUCAUGCGUCGGCAGCUGCGCAUCAUUGGAGGUUACGAGGUCAAGACUGAAGGUGAUGCUUUCAUGGUCGCCUUCCCGACGUGGCCUCAGGAGAUCCUGAACAGCGUCAAUGGCCAAGAGGUCGCCGAUGCGGAUGGCAACAUCAUCUUCCGUGGUCUCUCGGUCCGUAUGGGUAUCCACUGGGGCACGCCGGUGUGCGAAGUCGAUCCGGUCACGAAGCGCAUGGACUACUUCGGUCCCAUGGUCAACAGAGCAUCCCGUAUAUCGUCCGUCGCCGACGGUGGUCAGAUCACCGUGUCGUCGGAUUUCAUCGCCGAGAUCCAGCGCCUGCUCGAGACGCACAUAGAGUCCGACCGGUCCGGCAGCGUGGACGAGUCUCUCGGCGACGAUGCUCAAGCUCAAGCCAUCCGGCGCGAGCUGAGAUCGCUGAGCAGCCAAGGUUUCGAAGUCAAGGACCUCGGAGAGCGCAGGCUCAAGGGUCUCGAGAACCCCGAAUACAUCUACCUGAUGUACCCGCACUCCCUGGCGUCGCGCCUCGUCGUCCAGCAACAACGCGCUGAGGCCGAAGCAGCGGCGAACACUGCAAUGGCCGGAACCAAGAUGCCAGACUCGCAGCUCACGAUCAACACGGAGGAUGUCUGGGCGCUGUGGAACGUGUCGCUUCGCCUCGAGAUGCUCUGCUCCGCGCUCGAGAGCCCUGGUAGCACCCAGCUGAAGGCACCCGAGACGGCACUGCUCGAGCGCAUGAAGACUCGAGGCGGCGAGAUCACGGACAGGUUCUUGAUCAAUUUCGUCGAGCAUCAGAUUUCGAGAAUCGAGUCUUGCAUCACGACACUACAGCUCCGUCAUACCGUCCGUCCUUUCGGAUAUGGCAUGCUCCAGCAGGCCUGCCCCAUGGACGACAUAUUUGCCGAACUCAGCAGCCAGCUCGAGGAACUGCGCUUGCUCAAAGCUACUGCUGCGGCAUAA